GCAGAGGUCGGGGUGUGUUUCUUGUUGCUCCGCCUGGCCUGACUGUGAGGAGGUGUAAUCACAGAAACACCUGUGUGGGAGAGGGAAGGUCUCACUCUUUGUUUGUCUGGAGAAAGGAGCAGAGAAGUGGCUCUGUCUCAUGCCUGACCAGGUAACACAGCUUCACAGGAUAACUAUUCACUCAGCUGCUGCUAUUUAAAGAGCUUACCUCAUAUUUGUAGGGCUGAUAACCACAUAAACCACCCAGCAGAGGGUGAUUGAAUGACCAUGAGGAUGAGGCACUACUUGUCUCAUUUAACGUUCACCUCUGGACUGAUGAUUGGAUUUGUCUUCCUUCACUUACUGUUGGACCUGAACAUUUCACAAGAACAGGUCAAAUAUUUUGAGGGGGAUGUGGAGCCUAAUGUCAGGCAGGAAGCAGAAAGACAACAACAUCAUCAAACAGCGAAUCACACAACACGCAUCUUAUGUUGGAUCAUGACGGGACCCAAGAACCUGGAAUCCAAAACCAAGCACAUCAAAGGCACGUGGGCAAAGCGCUGCAACAAAGUGCUGUACAUGAGCUCCAUCAAGACAGACUUCCCCACUGUGGGGCUAAAUGUGAGUGAAGGAAGGGACAACUUGUACUGGAAGACCAUUCGAGCUCUUCAGUACAUCCAUCAGCACCACCUGGAAGAAGCAGACUGGUUCCUGAAAGCAGAUGAUGACACAUUUGUGGUAGUAGAGAACCUGCGCCACACGUUGAACAAUUAUGACACAGAGAAGCCGUUGUACUUUGGCAGAAGAUUUGCCCCUUUCAUUAGUCAAGGCUACAUGAGUGGAGGAGCAGGUUAUGCCCUUAGUAAGGAAGCACUGAGAAGAUUUGUCAAAGGUUUCAGCUCUGGGAAGUGUACCCACUCCUCCAACAUCGAGGACAUGGCUUUGGGACGGUGUAUGGAGACCAUGAAGGUGGAGCCUGGAGACUCCAGAGAUGUAAAGGGAAGACAAACAUUUCAUGCUUACCGACCAGAAAUGCUCCUGGUCAGACAAUUCCCGAGACCACGACCUUGGUAUUUGCUUUAUGAAUACUACACUCCAUCCGAGGGUCCAGGCUGCUGCUCAGAUUUUGCUGUGUCCUUUCAUUACAUUUCUCCUGUCCAGCUGUAUGUUUUGGACUACCUGACAUACCAUCUGCGGCCAUAUGGAUACAAAUACAGAUUCAAUCCUGAUAAAAAAAACAGAUCUCAACACAACAAAACCACGUGAAGUGUGGAUGUGUGUAUGAUAACCUAUGCACUAAUCGGACAAGCGGUGGGAGAUUUCAGAGCCAAGCUUAAUUUAUUUACCAAAAAUGAUCUAUGACCAUACUUUUAUAGCUUUUUAUGGUUAAAGACCUGUGGAUACUCAACACGUCUUCCUACCAAGGUCUGAUGUCAAUUUUGAGUGGGUCUAUUUUAUUAACUUGAAAUGAAGAAAUAUAAUUAAUAAUCACAUUUUAAGAUGUUGCAUAUAAAGGUGUAUUUCUCUUAUUAUCAUCCAUGUAUAUUAGAAAAGCUACUGGAUUAGUACACAACCUGCCUAACUAGCUCUUACUGUUUACAACUGCUGCAUUUCUUUACCUGAUAACCUACACUUUGUCUUAUCGUAACAGAUAUAGGAUUUAGUACUCACUUCACACUUUCCUAAUGAAAGUGUCUGCCUAAUGAGUAAAUGUAAUGUAUAGCUUGAUAGCAUGAGGGGUAAACCACAGUAAUAUUGGUAAAUUAAUGGAGUAAAUGUGUCCAUGUGCAGAAAGAACUAACUGAUCUUGUGCAAAAAUAAAAAAUUAUUGCAAAACGUAUUUAUAAAGAAAAUAUGGGAUAAAGGCCACUGAACAUGAAUGUUUUGUCAUAAGGAGGUGUGGUACCUGCUUCACCUGCAAAAAAGUUGCACACUCACCCCCUGCAUGGUUUUUCCUGGAAAACUUAAAAAAGGAUUUGGUGGCAGAUUCCUCGUGUGAGUAUCGUUUUGUAUUCAGCUUGUCUCUAGUGGCAGACUCCGGGUUUGGAUUGGAACUUCCCCCAUGAUUCCCUCUACAAAGACCUGGUACAUGCAUGUUUUAUAGACUUGUCAAAUCCCAUGGUGGAGAUGCAUUACCUUUUGAGUUAGAGUCUGCCUGUAAUGUAAGCGCUGUAGUUAAAUGGAUUUGAAUGAGUUUUGUGCCUGCACUUGGCCGGAGACAUUGGGCCUAUAUUUUAUUUUUAUCUUAAAAAAAGACCGACAAGUUUUAGUGAAUAUUUGAAUUUAUUUUAAAGGCAUGAUGUUGAAGAGAACACACACAUAUUUGGUCUAUACUGAAUACUUUUUAAACAUUUUUAGAUUUUUGUUUGUGCACCAUAGACUGUAUGGUGUGCACACGGCACUGCAGUCUUAUGGCAUUUUAUGGGUAUUGGUGGGGCGUUUAGCUAUGCUAAUUAGGAAAAAGUGGCACGCACUUUCAACUUACAAAGACAUGGCAUUCAUCUGAAUAAAUUUAAGCAAAUGUUGAAGAAGUUAUAGAUGAAUGAGGCCCAUUGUUUUCUGGUUUCCGUCCCAUUUUUGUGAGUACGAUAUCUCAAGAAUUGAGAAAAAGUCCAAAUAACUUGACUACGAUAGAAAACAUCAAGGAAAGAUGUGAAGGAGAAGCCGUAAGGACUUAGGAAAGGAGAACCAUGGAGCAGAGAAAAUACUGCUCCACUCACACUCAGUGGGCCUCAUUCACCAAUAUCUUCUCUUGUGAUAUUAUGAGAAACCUAAACUUCUAUGGUGGAUCAUGGAUUUUGACCAUGAUGGUGGAUAGUGAUCAUGGAUGGCAAUCCUGGUGGUGAAUCGUGGUGGCAGAGGAUCGUCGAUUAUGAAUACAACAAGAUUGGUUCCUUUUCGCACAUUUUUUUUAUGUACAAAUUUAUGUUAGACACUGUCUUUUAUCAACAAUUAUGUAAAUAUAUUAUUAGAGUUAUUUUAUUGAUGUGCUCUGCUACCCUCUAUUGCAUUUCUAUCGAACCUGGAAGAGGGAUCCCUCAAAUGUGUCUCUGAGUUUUCUAUGUUUUUCUUCCCUCUGUUGAAGCUUUUAUUUUUGUAGUUUUUCUUGUUGUGGGUUAAGGACAGAGGAUGUCGCACCUUGUUAAGCCCUGAGACAAACUAUAAUUUGUGAAUAUGGAUUAUACGAAUAAAAUUUGAUUGACAACCUGGGUGGAAGGAUACGGUAUGGGUCAGGAAAGAACCCAUUAAAAUUUGUUGCGGAUUCGGAUGAGGUGAUUACUACCUUCAUUUUUUGGUAGUAUUUCCUUACUACUGUUUAGGUGAAGGACAGAGGAUGCCGCACCUUGUUAAAGCCCUAUCAGACAAAUUGUGAUCUGUGGAUAUUGGCUAUAGCAAUAAAAUUUGAUUGAUUGAAAACCCAUAAUCACUAACCAGACCUUUUGUAGCAUGGAAUCUACCGUUAUUUAGUCUUGUACAACUCUAAGUGAACAUUUAGUAACAUACAUCUAUCUCUACAUGACCUUGCAGUGUGUAUGAAAGAAUUAAGACAUAGCGAGAGGCUACAGAUCAGUGGGAUUGACAGCUACUAGCUGUUUGUACUGAAAGUCUAAUUUGCCUCAAUGUUGCACUUUGGAAACGGGUUUGUUGAAAUGGACAAGCUUUAAGAAAUCAUAUUGUAUUUAUUGAAAAAGUUUAUUUUUAUUAAUAUUUUCUGAGUUCACUAUUCCUUCUGGUACGUUUACAAUGUUAAAAAAUAAAAGAAUAUAUUUUACAAUCAA